AUGUCGAAAUCUUUAUACCAAAAGCUCUCACUAGCAUAUAAGACGACUAGAUUUCCUUGGAAAAAACAUGCACUUAUCGGUUACGAUCUCGAAGGCAAUGAAUACUGGGAUUGUCCCAACCCAUUAGGUGGAAGAAUGAAGCGAUGGGUGCAAAUGACAGACGAUUCUGAGAAUGAUUUGACAGUAUUUCAUGGAGACAAAUUACCAGUCCAAUGGCAGGCAUGGUUGAGACACACAAGAACAGCUGCACCCACUAUACAAGAAUUAGUACAAGAAGAGAGAAGAAAAGCCCUUGUGCAGGAGAGAGCCAAGGCUUUGGAUGAAGAGUGGGAGCAGCGCAAGUUGCAACUACAACAGUUGCAUGACGAUGAACAGAGAGAAGUGGAUCGUUUGGCAGCAUUGGAAAGUGCGGAAAAAGAGCAAAAGGACAAGAAGGAAGAAGCUGCCAAGUCAUCGAGACCUUCUGGUACUGGCGAUACCUUUUCGCCAGGUGAAUGGAACCCAACAAGCUCAAGAAGAAGAUAA